AAACUUUGCUCUUCCCCACUCACACCCAGAGUCGCAGGACAGACUGAGGAGUCUCACAAACGAGGACUAAACCAACCCAGGCAAAAUGGUGAAAGUCGGUAUCAAUGGAUUCGGCCGCAUUGGUCGUCUGGUGACCCGUGCUGCCAUCAUUGGCAAGAAGGUGGAGAUUGUGGCCAUCAAUGACCCAUUCAUUGACUUGGAGUACAUGGUUUACAUGUUCAAGUAUGACUCUACUCAUGGCCGUUUCCAUGGUGAAGUUAAGGCUGAGGGAGACAAGCUUGUCAUUGACGGACACAAGAUCAGUGUGUUCCAUGAGAGAGACCCUGCUAACAUCAAGUGGGGUGAUGCUGGUGCCCAGUAUGUUGUGGAGUCCACUGGUGUGUUCACCACUAUUGAGAAGGCCUCUGCUCACUUGAAGGGUGGUGCAAAGAGGGUUAUCAUCUCUGCACCCAGUGCUGAUGCUCCCAUGUUUGUCAUGGGUGUCAACCAUGAGAAGUAUGACAAGUCCCUCCAGGUUGUCAGCAAUGCCUCCUGCACAACUAACUGCCUGGCACCCCUGGCUAAAGUCAUCAAUGAUAACUUCGGCAUCAUUGAGGGCCUGAUGAGCACAGUUCACGCCAUCACUGCUACCCAGAAGACAGUGGACGGCCCCUCCGGCAAGCUGUGGAGAGAUGGCCGUGGUGCCAGCCAGAACAUCAUCCCCGCCUCUACUGGUGCUGCCAAGGCUGUCGGCAAAGUCAUCCCCGAGCUCAAUGGGAAGCUGACUGGCAUGGCCUUCCGUGUCCCCACCCCCAAUGUGUCUGUCGUUGAUCUGACAGUCCGUCUGGAGAAACCCGCCAAAUAUGAUGACAUCAAGAAGGUUGUGAAGGCUGCAGCUGAGGGACCCAUGAAAGGCGUCCUGGGAUACACAGAGCACCAGGUCGUCUCCACAGACUUCAACGGUGACUGCCACUCCUCCAUCUUUGAUGCUGGUGCUGGAAUCGCGCUCAAUGACCACUUUGUCAAGCUGGUCUCAUGGUAUGACAAUGAGUUCGGCUACAGCAACCGCGUCUGCGACCUCAUGGCCCACAUGGCCUCUAAGGAGUAAACCAGCUGGCUUAUUGAACAUGACUGUUAUCUACAUGCUCCUCUAUCCAAAGUUAGCAAUGUACAGUGAGAUUUAAAAAUGACUCUACCUGGUUCCAUCUGAUAGUCGACCCCAUUAAAAGCCUGAGGAAAUGUCCCACAGAACACAUGAAAUUUAAUUUGCUGACCAAUUUUUUUUUAUUCCCAGUUCUGUUGUGUUGGAUGGUGUAAAGGUGUGAAAGUCCUUCUGUAGUACUGAAGUACUGCAGUCAGUGGUGGAAUAAAGUCCUGUUUGUGAGA